AUGGAGCGACACCACCAACCCAUUGACGGCCCAGUCAACAACUACCCCGUUACUGACAAGCGCGAGCAAACUGGUCUUCUCACCCGAUUUGUUCCCGACAAGCUCAAGGGUGCAGCUUUCUACCGCUGGCUGUUGCGUCUCACUCGACUCUUGCAGUUUAUUUCAGCUAUCGUGUCUCUUGGCAUCUUCUCACGACGCCUGUACAAGGUCUAUCGUCUCGUCAACGCCUUCAAGACCCGUCGCGGUGUGAAUGGCGCUUACGGUGCCGUUGAGGGUAUUCUCGCCGCUGCAGCCCUCUACACGCUUAUCAACAUCCUGUUCUCGUGCAUCAAGAAAUCCGCCAACCCCGGAGGAAGGAAGCUCAGGUGGCUUUGGGUUCUCUUCGACUUGAUCUUCGUCGGUGCCUUCAUUGCCGUCUCGGUGCUGACUCGUCCUGAUGGUGGCCUUGCUGGAGCCAAGCACUGCUACAACCCUACGCGCCGAGCAGAUGGAACGAGCACGGGUGUCGUCAAUGGCAUCACGACGCGUCGCGACGAUUCUUGCAACCUUCCCUGGGGCACGUUCAUCUUGGCUAUCAUCAGCACUAUUCUACAUGCCAUCACGGCUGCCUUCCACGAAGUUAGAGACUACCGCCGACGCGACAGGCUCGAUCACGAGAAAGCCCUUCAUCAAACCCAUGAAACCAGCAUGCCCGCUCCUGCUGCUCCUGUUGAUGGCGUUCGUUAUUAA